CAUACGCUCCAACUUAGACUCGAAAAGGCCCCAAAUUCACCUCCGACUGUAUCAAGAAGAGGAGUGGAGCAGUUAUUUGGCCAAAAGAUACAAGUUCGCCAAGCCGCAUAUACCGCCCGACGCCCUGCAAAGGGAAGAAUACGCCGCUCGAGGAGUGCCAUAUCGCUUCAUGCGAUUUUGCGACACCAUCAAGGGCUUUCACAUUGUACGAGGUUGUUGUUCACAGUUAUUUAGACAUUGAACAUAACGGAUCUGGGGCUGCUUGGACUUGAGUGGUCGUCACAUGGACAGAUAUAGCUCGGUCUUGAGCAGAUGGUCCUAUUUCUCGAAGGACCUUUCAGCUGCUUUCAACGGAGUCCAAUUGAUUAUAGACCAGGAUGUCCCUGAGGGCUCAAAAAUCGUGGAGAUCUCACUAUACGAUGGGGACGGGCCCGCUCUCUUCGCUAUAGUCACUGAUCGAGGCGCCGUCAAGACGUUCGAGAAGAGAUAGCGGCUUCGCAUGCAUAACGUGGUUUUAUACAUCAACCUAGCUCGUAUGUCACGGGAGACUUGUAUCGUUUUGUGAAGUUGCUCACCCAGCUGCUUUGUUAGACAGCGUGUCGAAGUGCAUUGAAGUUAAUCGUCUCCCGAUAUUCCAACGCCUGUGCCUUAUGAAUCUGCCGAACGAGCUCCUUCGUGAUAUUGUUCAAUGCGCGAAUCCGAGAGAGCUCCGCAACCUUGGCUCGACUUGUAAGCUACUGCGCAAGAUUUGUUGGCAAAAUAUGAACGAGGUCGGUCUCUGCAGUUGUGUGGCUGCCCCUAUAGUGCUAACAUACGUGUCAGGAACGCACGGUCGGCCUUGACGCCUCACUCCGCCUAUUACACACGGCGCAAAUGACUAAGCUUUCAGAUAAGGAACGAUGUGAGAAUAUGCGCAGCAGGGCCGUCGCAGAGUGCGAGAGAUUCUUUCGGAAUGCGGACCUGAUAUGCGCCCGCCCAGACAUCGCGCAGAACAUCCACCAUCUCACCCUCAGUACCUGGGGGACCACAGACCUUCGUCGAACACUUUGGGGUUCUCCCGAGGACGUCAAUAAUCUGGACAAGCUUAUCAUCGGCCGAAUGCGCGACGUCGCUGUCAAGACUCCGGGCGUGACGAAGCUCACGCUCGAGAAUAUUGUCUUGACCGUCGAGCUGGCGGAAGCAAUCUUCGCGCUUCCUGGUCUUUCAUAUCUUGCUAUAAUAGACUGCACGGUCGACUUUGGGGAUCGCGAGCCGCGGAACUUGCCUGCAAGGCUGGAGCACCUCAUGCUCAAAUGCUACAGUGUGCUCGUACCUCACGGUGCUCACAACCAUUGGGAAAUCCUUCACUACCUCCCAUCACUCCGCUGGCUAUGCGUCAAGGGCGCGGACUACGUGUAUAGUUUGCCGUCAGACACCGUCAUUGCCCGCACCGCUCCCUUUGCCACCCUGCAGCGCCUACAGAUCGAGGGACUAGAUAAGACGAACGUAGCAGACGAUGACGAGCCCUGGAAGCUCGUUAUGCUCCUGCACAGCGCCCCGGAACUGCACCUGACGCAUGUCAACCUCCAUUUCAGCGACGGACUCCCUGAGUUUGAAACCUUUGCACUCAUUUAUGCCCUCCAGCGCGCUCCGCUCCGGCUGCUUGUCCUCAAAGGCAUCGACUGUGCACACACCCAUCUCAUCGAGUACAUCGCAGAGGCCUUCCCGGAGCUCUUUGGCCUAACGCUCUCCUACCGCGAGAGCCCGCUCCAGCAGCGACUGCGCGAGGCGAGCUGGCCCUGCAGCUCAUGGGAGUACGCCGCGUGCCUCGCGCGCUUCAGCCGGCUUGAGCACUUCGGCUGGAACUACCGCAUCGAGGGCACCGCGUCACCCGCAGUGAUGCUCCACUUCGAGGGCGGCUUCUGCGGGGAGGGCUGUGUGCACGACACCGUCGACGCAGACUUCGAUGAGCUCGAGACGCUGCUCCCGCUCUUCGCGGCGUACUGCCCGACGCUCAGGUCGCUCGCGUUCGAGGGGUCCGGAGGAUUUCCGGACCCGCUGUGCACCAUCGCGCGCGACGCCCAGGGCAAGACUACCUUCGAGAUUUGCCGGUCCCUGCCAAGUGGCAGGCACCCAAAGAGGAGAGAGCACUCUGAACGCUACUGUCCGGAGACCCAGGAGGCGUGGCCGCUGCUCGACAGCAGGACCUCAGACUGACGCGGCCGCGAGCUAUUUGAUCACUUGAUUUAACUUAUUUUUAUUGUGCAUUAAAUUACAUGUUACUUGUAUGGGUUGGUCGUCUCUUUUCUGCAUCGUGUAUGGAACUCGCUGGCUCGUGUUGUAUUUCAGAUUCUU